CGAACUGCCACACUCCAAACUUGAUUUCUAGUCUGUUAUUUGGAUAGUCUUUAUUACAUUUCGUACUUAAAUUUGGCCAAUUGCGUGAUGGACGACACUAGUGAGCCAAGCAGAUCUGAGCUCUACGUGGCCGACGACGCCGCUGCCGAUGGAGUGAAUGCCUCGGCCAUCGACCCGACGGCUGCAGGGAUGGUCUUCGGGAUCGGGAUCGCCGGCACCGGAUCCAAUGUUCCUCUGCGUGACGAGGCUCCGUUCAAGUCACAGCAGGUGUUAGACGAGGCGGCGGCGAAGGCCGACGCGGAUGGAAAAAUAGAGACGGAGCUGGGGGCUGCGGGUAAGGCGGAGGACGAGAUGGACUUGGACGAUAUGCCGACGUGCAGCGUCAACUGCCAAAAGUCGAAGCAGCGCUUCGUGAUCAAGAAGUGGAAUGCCGUGGCGCUGUGGGCCUGGGACAUUGUCGUAGACAACUGCGCCAUUUGCCGCAACCCGAUCAUGGACCUGUGCAUUGAAUGCCAGGCCAACCCAACCCUCAACUCGUUCGAGGACUGCACCGUAGCCUGGGGGAUGUGCAACCACGCUUUCCAUUUUCAUUGCAUCUCCCGCUGGCUGAAAACGCGCCACGUGUGCCCUCUGGACAACCGGGAGUGGGAGUUCCAGAAGUACGGCCGCUAGUUUGAGGUUCAUUUCCAGCGCUCAAUAAACGCUCUCGAGUUCAGAGCCCGAUUUGGGUUCCGUGGUGGUUCCUUUUAAACUUC